AUGAACGUGAUAGCGACGAAUGUUAUGGAUGAGAUCUAUGAGGAUCCUGAGUAUGGUGAGAUGGGAGAAUUCGAGGAGUUAUCGGUUGAGGAUGAUGAGAGUGAGGAGACGGAUGAUACGGCAGCAAGUGUGGAGGCAGCAGUGAAGCAGAAAGAGGAGAUAGUCGCCAUGGAGGCAGCAGCAGUGAAUGGUGGCGAUAGAGAUGGUGUCAACACUUUUGCAGCAGCGAUUGUGGUUGAAGUCGAAGCAGUAAAUGCGAAGUGUGUGGGAGUCGAAGCUGUGAAAGGGGACAUCAUGGUGAAGGGAUCAAAGGUGAAAGCAACUGCAAAGGGGCGAGUGCUUACGAAAGAGGAACAUGUUGAAGGGUACGAGACCCGAGAUGUGUUGGGUGUUAAGUUGCCGAGGAGAAGUGAGAGGCUUCAGAAAAUCACUCAAGGUUUGGAUGUAAAGGCGCUCAACUUCAAGACACGCCCAUGGCGUCGACCAGGCUCAAGAAACGCCAGCUGCGCGCGCUCUCAUGGGCAUUGGAUCACAUUCACGAGUAUGAGGGCAGGCGACCCUUUCCAGAUCCCUCACAUGUGUUUCCCUUCCGCUCCCUCCCCCCUCUCCCCAACCCAGGCUCUGGCCAUAGACCAAGUAGAGGAAACGUCCAGGGCGCUCUCAUGGGCAAUGGACCACAUUCACGAGUAUGGGGGUGACCCCUCGCGCAUCUUCCUCACAGGCCACUCCUCAGGCGCCCACGUCUGCUCCAUGGUUGUGUGGCGCCGCCUCAGAAGCAGAGCACUUGAGCAGCUAGCAGCAGUCAGCGCUGCUGCUGCUGCCACCCUAAGGCCCUCCCUCUCUGCCGCCCUCAAAUCCGCGUCACCCCGUUCAUUUGCCACGUCAGCUGGUCCCAACGCCACGUCAGAGGGUCCAGACGCCACGUCAUCAGUUGCUCCCCGUCCAGUGAAACGAUCAGCCAACUUUGAUAAAGCUAACGUUAACCGCCAACCAGCUGCUGCCAAGUCAUCAUCAGUGUCGUCCCUGUCAGUAGGAGCAGACCCAGCAGCACCAGGAGUAGCAGGAGGAGCAACGGGCAUAAGGGGUGACCAUGCAGGUGCGAUUGAUGCUGGUAUGCCUGUGACCAGGACAGGAAGGGGGAGCGCAAUCUCAGGAGGGGGAAGUGCAACCUCAGUGGCAGAUGCAGUCAACAGAGCGACAUCAAAAGAAGCAGCGAAGCAGGCCCUUCGAUCCCACCUCCUCAAGUCAUCAGCUUUCACCCAACCUGCUGAUGCCACAGCGACUGACGCCAUGAUACCUCCAACGCCAUCCCUGCCUGCUUCUUCGCCUCUCCAACCAGCCCAAGAGUUCACCGUCCCUCCUCCUUUCUCCGUCUCCUCCUCCUCUUACACAGCUGCAGCAGCGGCAGCAGCAGCAGCAGCAGCAGCAGCAGCAGAGGCAGCAGAGGCAGCUCCCACAGGUGCACCUCCCACAGGUUUCAGCUCAAGAAAUACCGCAUCUCCCCUUUCCGAUCAAGAAGCAUCCUCCUCUCAAGAGGCAGACCCCCUCUCCUCUGAUUGCUUCUCCUCCAGGUUCCUCGCCCCCUCGCCGCCCUCUCCUCUGGACAUUCUAAGGCAGGAGCUGGGAGAGGCAGAUUACAUAGUUCCUCCCGAAACCUCCCUCUCCCUCAUCCGCUCACUUCAACACCUCAACUCCUUCCUUCUCCCCUUGCCUCCUCCUAGCCUGCUCAAGCUUGGGGGAGAGGGGGGAGGAUUGGCAGUUGAAGGAAUGGGGGUAACGGGGGAGGGAUCAGGAGGAGUAGGAGUGGGAGUGGGGAUUCGGGCGAAGGCUUUGGUUUAUGACGACGCUGGUCAUCCGGAUUUUGCGUGCUGGGCUGUGAGGGGCGAGAGGAGAGGGAGAAGGGAUGGGGAGGUGAAUGGGGGAGAGGGUAGCGUUCAGGGUGGAUCAAAGGGCGGGGUGAGUGAAGGAGGGAAGGAAGAGGAAGGGGAAUGGAAGGGAGGGAUGUUAAUGAGGAGCAAGAGCAUGAGGAAACUGAGUCAACUGAGUCAAGAAGCAGAGGGGCGAGAGGGUGAUUCAGGGACCAAGGAUGGGGAGGAAGGGGAUGAAGUGGCAGGGCAGGUGUUAUCCAGUGGAGGUGCUUCUGAUGAGAUGGCUUGUGUGCGAGAUAGCCUUGAUAUUGUCACUGGGCGAGUGUCACUGGAAGAUAUGGUGUGGCAGUAG